AUGGAAAAUUUAAGAUUUGAGGAGACACCCACCAGUCCAAAGGACAUAAGACCUGGAAACUAUAUUAAGGUUGAGGUUAAUGGACAGAUGAGGUCUGCACAGGUUGUUGAUACCUCUUCUGUAAAGAACGGCAAGCAUGGAGCGGCAAAGACAACGAUUGCAUCAAAGAUCCUCUGCACGGGAUCGAACCACAAGGGCAUAUAUACUGCAAACGAUUCCAUCAUUGUGUGCAGGCCUGAGAAGGUCCAGCUCAAGUUAAUUGAUAUUAGCGGAUCGACAAUAACGUUUUCCGAUAGUAACGGGUCAUUUGACUCUGUCGACGUUUCUGGGAAGAUGAGCUCUGAGGAUAUCAGCAAGAUUGCUCAAAGUGUUGAGGGGUCUAGCAGCGAGAGCUUUGAUCUUUCCCUUCGAGUGCUUCCAGACUUCUACAAGCUAGAAUCGAUCAGGAAAUCAGGAGGACCGUCUGGCUCUACUGCAGGAGGAUGA